CCUAUGUGGUGAAACUGGUUCUGCAGUGUGGAGGUCGUAGCAUACGGACAGUUGUACUGAACCACUCCUACCGGCAACAUGGCAGAAAGCUAUGAGGAAGCCGAUCAGCUGUUCGCUGACUGCAAGUUUCGCGAAUCAUACGAACUGCUGCUGAGCAGGAAGCACACCAGUACGGACACGGAAUAUGAGACUUUGUGGAGGCUGUGCCGUGUGAUUUACUCGAUCACACGGGAGCUUGCGGUGGACGAGAAGAAAGCCAAGGAACUGGAAGCACUCGUAUUUGAAGGGUUCGAGUACGCAAAGCAAGGACUUGCCCUGCAACCCAACACUGCCUCGGCACACAAAUACUACGCGAUCUUUCUUGCGGAAAAGUCCGGCAUCGAAGGGCUUAAGGAGCGUGUACUGCAGCUCAGCACCAUACUGCGCCAUCUGCGGAGGGCAACCGAGCUGGACGAAAGUGAUCCAUUCGGGUGGUUUGUUCUGGGACGCUUCUACCACAAGCUGGCAGGGUUGGCAUGGUUUCAGAAGAAGAUGAUCCACACCUUUACCACCGACAUACCGGAUGCGACGUACGACGAUGCGUUACGGUAUUUCGAGCGAGCGGAAAGCGUACAGCCCAACUUUUUCCCACUAAAUCAUCUGAUGCUGGGCGAUACGUUGAUUGCGCUGAAGCAACCGAAAAAAGCACGUCCAUAUCUCGAACUAGCUGCCAAUCAGGCUGCACCACGUACCGCCGACGAUCGCGAAGCGCAAAGGGAAGCAAAAGCACUGCUCAGGAAGCUCUAACUAGGUGUCUUCUUCUGUAAUCUCUGUACUAUUAUUUAUCUCU